CAAGCCCUGCACCAAAACUUUUGGUGUUAUCUGUGCAAAAGGUGUAAAAUAUUAUCUAUGUACCGCUCCCUAAACAUUUUCAACAUGUCUACCCUUGUCUACCUGUGUAACUGUGUAAGGCUUUCGUUGUAAAUUUUUGCAAUUAUUAGUAAGCUUUCUUUCGAAAUAAGGAAAGAUUAAUAAUUGUUCUUUAGAUAUAGUGAUUAAUUUGCAUAAUUUAAGCGAUUUCUUGUUGUGAGGCUAACAAUCACAAAUUUCAUAAGAAUGCGUCGUAAGAGCGAACGCACCGCCAGUAAAAAAACAAAAGCCUCUCCAGAAAAGAAGGAAAAGGUAGAAAAGGUAAAGCGGACAAGAACUCGCCGCAGAAAACAGUCGUCGUCUUCGGAAAGUGAGUCCGCUGAAGAUAAUAUUCCAAAAGAGACCGUCUUGGUUAGUCAAGCAGAGACUACUAACGACCCGCCAAAACCCGCUAAAGAGGAGAGUCCCGAAGAAUCACAAGAGCAAGUAUGGCAAGUUAAAACAAGUGAUAGUUCAGAGGACGUUAAUGUAAUUAAAAAACUCAAAAUUUGCCUCACCCGACCGCCUUCGACGCCAGAAAGACCCGAUAGAUCUCCUAGAAGCAAAAGGAAGCAUUCCCGGGCAACGAGUUCAAGCGAUACUCAAAGUGUAGAAGGCGAGGAAAAAAAGAAGUCAAAACAUCGUUCAAAAAGGUUAACUGAAUCUAAAGAUGUUACAGAAAAGAGUCAAGAUAGUCAAGGCGAUGAAGCAGAGGUAUCGAUGCAAGAAACCGAACCUGAAUCUAAUGAAGUAAGUGAAAGUAUGCAACCAAAGAAAUCUGCUACAACUGACGACGUACCAAUGUCAACAACCAGCGAGGAAUCUAAGUAUGAUAAAGUAGAGUCAACUGAAACCGGCAAUGAUAAAGAUGAUGAGCAACAGUCUCAAGAGGAGUCUAAAAAGAAUGAUGAGUCUAAAGAUAAGGCAUCAGAUGCAGAUACCACAGUUGUAUCUCCAAAAUCAGAUGUGGACAAAGAUGAAGAGAGUAAAUGUUACAAAAAUGAGAGCCCUUUGAGAAAGAGAAGUAUGUCAGAAGAAAAAUCUGAAAUUUUAGAGUUACACGUAGAGGAAAGUCAAUGUGAAUCUUCAGAGAUGAAUUUCAAUGAAUCUCAGGGGGAAGUUGCAAAAGCCACGGUAGAUCAGGAUAAAGAUAUAAGUAGCGUGGUCUCAAAUGAGGUAAGUAUUAAUGCAAGUACAACUGAAAUUUCAGGGAAAUCGGGGUCUAAUGAGGACACAAUAAAUAUUAAUGAAAAUAAUGUUGUAGAGAGCACUAAAAGUAUAGAAUCAGAAAAGCCCACAUUAGUUCAAAUAGAAGUCAAUGAUGAAAUUGCCACUGAAAAUUCUAAAAUAAUUUGCGACCAGACCAAUACAAAAAUAGAUAUUGAUAGUGAUCAACAACAUAAUAAAUCUACGUUAGAAGAAACUGAUAAAAUUACUGUACAAGACAUUCCAAACAAAGAAAUUAUUAAAAAUGUAGUUGAUGAUGAAAGUAAAGAUAUUCCUGAACGUGAAACCACUAAAGAUGUUCCCAAUUGUAUUACUACUCAAGAUGUUCCUGAUAGUAUUACUGUUGAGGAGGUUUCUGAUAGUAAAAUAUCUCAUAAUAAAGCUGAUAACGUAACUGAAGAAGUCAGUAAUAAUAAAACUUUUCAAGAUGUCUCCAAUAGUGAAACUACUCCACAAAAGUCUAAUUGUGUUCAAGAUGUUAUAAAUGAUCAAAUACCUCAAGAUACUCUCAGUGAUCAAGUGACACCAUUGGUCUUUAAUAGAAAGAGAAGGUGGGGUUCACGGCCAAAAUUAUCAUCACAGAAAUCAAUAACUAUUUCUACUGAUAUUCUUAAGGAGAUAAUACCUGACGUUAAACCUACAGAGUUUGAUGAAGUCAUUGAAGAAAAAAAGCACAAGCGUGUAGAGGUGCCUGAUAUUAUUGAUAGACCAGUUUUACCGAAAAUUGUUAUUGACAAUACAGAUAAUGUGGAAAUUCCAAAGGAUCAUAAAUCAGAAGAACGAGAUAAAGAAAAUGUUAAAGCAAAAGAUACAAGUCUCGCAUCAAUGAGAAAAAUAUCUAUUGUUAAGGAUAGUGACAGUAUCAUAGCGAGACCACCGAGCCCACCAAAACAUAAACAGUCAAACAUUCUGUAUAUUACUAAUUUAGUAAGGCCAUUUACUUUGCCUCAGCUGAAAAAUCUAUUACAAAGAACUGGAAGAAUUGAGGAGAAUGGAUUCUGGAUUGACAGGAUCAAAUCAAAAUGUUUUGUGAAAUAUGAAACUGAAGAUCAAGCUGUUGAGACCAGGCAUGCUCUACAUGGAGUUACUUGGCCAGUGUCAAAUCCCAAGACACUACAUGUAGAUUUUUCAACAGAGGAAGAUUUUGACAAAGCUAAGGCUAAUGAAGAUACAGAUAAUGCUCAGGCUUCAACUAUUCCCGGUACAGUUGAAGAUUGGCUACGAGAGCAAGAUUUAAAGAGGGAGAAAGGAGAAGUGGAGAAACCAUGGGAAAGAAAAGCUUCAAUGCGUGAGUGGGAUGUGGGCAAGAAUGAGAAGAACAAGGAAGGUGGUCGACCAGAUAAAUUGAUAAGAGAUGAGAAAACAUUUGACAAAAGAAGGCACCGCUCUCCAGAAAGAAGCCCUGAACCAGCGAGGAAGUUCAAGAAGAAAGAGGAGGAGGCACCGGCCAAGUUAUUGGAUGAUUUAUUUAGAAAGACAAAAACAACUCCUUGCAUAUAUUGGCUUCCGCUGUCUGCGGAAACGAUAGCAAUAAAAGAGGAACAACGGCGACAACACAUGGCCGAGCACGAGCGACGGAUGCAGGAGUUGCGUCGAACGCACCGCAGACAUUAUCGCUUGAUUGAUCGAGGCAGACAUUUUGGAUCUCCGCAGUGGAAACGGCACCCUUCUAUGCGUCCCGCAGUCGGGUCUAAAUGUGCUGAAAUCGCUGAUUCGUCGCAUACCGUUGAAACAAAGCAAGUUUGGUUGGUGUGGGUGACGCUGGUUGCGGCGGCGAGUGCCCAGAAUCCAUUCACAUUGGAAGAGUUCGUUACGGGGCAGUUUUCGCAACGAGGUUUUAAUGGAACAUGGAUCUCUGAUACCGAGUUUACAUACACGAUAGCCGGGGAACCGGGCAUCUAUGUCUUUGACGUCCCAACCCUUACCGGCAGUGUGUUUGUGUCUGGAGAGUUGAUGAGUUUCCUGAACACCACCAGUCCUAUACUUUCGGCAGACAGACAAUAUAUUUUAGCUCCGAGUGAAGUAGAAUCAGUCUAUAGGUAUUCGACAACAGCGAGGUAUGCGCGCUAUCAAAUUUCGACAGGAGCCGUAACAAACGUCGCAAGCAAUCAACGUCUUCAGCUCUGCAUAUUCGGGGGUGGACAUUCCUUGGCCUACGUUUUGGAUAAUAACUUGUACUACCUCCCUGAAAACUCCAAUCAAGCUAUACAGAUCACUACUGAUGGCGUUCCAGGAGUUAUAUACAAUGGACAUACCGAUUGGGUUUAUGAAGAGGAUGUUAUGUACACUGGCCAAGCCACCUGGUUCUCUCCGGAUGGCAAUUAUUUAGCCUUUGCCAGUUUCGAUGACACUUUAGUAGAGACAUAUUCCUACUACUAUUAUGUGGACAAGACUGAUCCAGAUGACUUGUAUCCAGAACUAUAUGAUCUUAAAUAUCCUAAGGCCGGCCGUACAAAUCCAACUGUAAGGCUACGCGUCGUAGACUUAAGGACGGCCGCAACAAACCUUAAUUUUACUACCCUGGAAGCGCCAACCGAUGUCACUAAUGACCAUAUCUUGGGUGGAGUGACAUGGACCACUACUACAGAAAUAGCUGUACAUUGGCUGAACCGACGACAGAACUAUACUGUUUUGAGGAUUUGCAAUAUAGUUACAUCGCAAUGCGAGGUAAACCGUCAGCAGUCCAAUGGUUGGGUACCUAUCGCGCUACCUCAGUUCAGUGCAGCGGGAGACUUUUACGUGUCCACUCGCUGGUCCUUGGAACAGGCUGAUGGAAACAUAUGGAAGCACUUGUAUGUCAGUAUGAGACUCAAUGGAGAAAUCGUCUCUAGCUCCAUCACUCCUGGUGCUUUCACUGUGAACAACUUUGUGGGAAUGGAUGAGGCAAAUUUGGCAUACUACUAUACACGAACAGUGGCGGGUGCUCCAUGGCGCUCCCAGUUACAUGCAGCGGGCGCGCGUCCAGGUUGCCUGAGCUGUGACUUGGUACUUCCGGAUGGUGGGCCGUGUACCUGGGUCACUGCUACUGCCAGCCGCUCGGCUGCCUACAUCGCACUUACUUGCUCCUCCCCUGAUGAACCUUCUGCCACCUACAUCAUCAACCCCCUAAAUCGUACAACGUUACUUCUAUGGGAAAACAAUGGAAUAGUUCGAGAUCGUCUGGUCGGUAAGAGCAGGCCACAGAGCAUCAUUACGACGGUUCCUCUAGAGAACGGCUACCCGGCGCCCGUGAGGCUACUGUUGCCCCCCGGAUUGGACCUCAACAACACCACUAUGAAAUACCCCGUCGUUUACUUCGUUUAUUCUGGACCUGGAACUAACACCGUGUACGAUACUUUUACUGUUGGCUAUCAUUCUUACCUCACCACAAGCCGCAACACAAUUUAUAUGAUGGCGGACAGACGGGGAGCAGAACUCAACGGACAAGAUAUUCUGUAUUCCGUUAACAACGCGCUUGGAACAGCUGAAAUUGAAGAUCAUUUCGUGGUACUAAGACAAGUUCUUAAUCGCUACGGGUUCAUGGACCCCGACAGGGUCGGUAUCUUCGGCCAUAGUUAUGGCGGAUACGCAACGCUUCUAACCUUGGUCCAUGAUGACCAGAACAUGUUCCAGUGUGGUAUAUCCGGCGCGCCUGUCACCUCCUGGAUUUACUACAAUACAAUGUACACUGAGCGUUAUAUGGGUCUGCCGACUCCGGAGGACAACUUGUCCGGUUACCAAGCUGGGGACGUUACCUUGCUAGCUGAGAGACUAAGAGGGAAGCAGUUCUAUGUCAUGCAUGGUAACGCAGAUGAUAACGUUCACUACCAAAACGCUGCGAAACUGUUCACAAAACUGCAGCAAUUAAACAUACCAUUUGAUCAAAUGUCAUAUCCUGAUGAAGCUCACAGUUUGGCCGGAGUGAACAUGCACAGAUACGGUACUAUGAACCGUUACUGGGAAAAAUGCAUCGGUAUACCCGCCGAAGCCUAAUAUAGUUCCUAAAAACGUAGAUAUAUGUAUAUUCGAUUCUUUGUUUUGCUCAUGUUAGAAAACGAAUCGUUUUUUUUUUAAAUAUAGAAAUCACACUUAUCCUAUAAAUGUCGUAAUCACUAGUUAUUAAUGAGGCUAGUACGAAACUAGUUUUUGUUUAAAUAAAUGUUCCAUAUUACUGUCCUUGGAGACAAAUUGAACCGCGAAGUUUACUUUUACUUCCACGUCCAUUAAACGUAUUCUUUUAAUUUAGCAAUGUGUGUAAUAAAAAUAAUAAAAAACUUAUGUAAA